GCGUCAUGGUUGCCAGGCGAAAGCUAACCUCUAACAAAGCCGGGUCUCGCUCCACCUCUUCUGUCGCUCCAAGCCAAGGCCGGUACCGCCCUUGCCCAAGUUCUACUGCUUUCCCUCUGCCAAGGGUGCCAGGCACCGAAUCUCUCGCCGUACUUCCCACCUGAGGAAGGCACCAGGUGUCAGCUGGUGUCAGACAGCUUAUUUGGGAGCGAACCUCAGGCCAACCAAUCAAUGCCUCAGACGGAUAAGCAAAUAUGCAUUCCCCCGGAGCUGCCUGAAUUGCUGAAGCAAUUUACCAAAGCUGCCAUUCGGACCCAGCCACAGGAUCUCAUCCAGUGGGCUGCUGAUUAUUUUGGAGCUAUGACCCGCGGAGACAUUCCUCCAGUGAGAGAUCGGUCUGAGCCAGUUGCUUCAUCUAACUUUGCAGAGCUUACACCUGAGCUGUUGAAGAUCCUGCAUUCUAGGGUUGCUGGCAGACUGAUUAUCCAUGUCAAUGAGCUGGCCCAGAUGUGGAAGGUGCUGAGUCUCCCACCAGAGCUGUUAAAUAGUGUGAUAAAUGUGGGCCGCUUCACGGAGGAGAUUGAGUGGCUGAAGUUUUUAGCUCUGGCUUGCAGCUCUCUUGGUGUUACCAUUUCCAAAACUCUCAAGAUAGCAUGUGAAGUUCUAUCAUCUGACCAUGAUUGUGGACCUGCCCGGAUCCCUUUCAGCACCUUCCAGUUUCUCUACACAUAUAUUGCUGAAGUGGACGGGGAGAUCUCUGCAUCACACGUCAGCCGAAUGCUGGCCUACAUCGAACAGGAAGUAAUUGGUCCUGAUGGCUUAAUCAAAGUGAAUGACUUUACCCAAAACCCCAGGGUUCGGCUGGAGUGAAUGCACAUUUUUGGAAUUUUAGAGGAAGAUACAGAGAUGGUUGUGCUUCAGAAUAGCUGAACCCCAUACACCAUCCACUGUCCAUUUUCUUGUACAACUGGUACACACUAAUAAACAAUUAGGCAGACACGAAAUCAGAGAUGUGUGGAAUUAAAAUGUAAAAUUAUUGGAACAAAACGCCUUAAUAGAAGAUUAGUAUUCUCCCCACAUGGACACUAAGUGCAAGUGACUGAGGAGGCAUGGAUAGAAAAUGCUUCUCAAGUCAAAACCAGACUGUCAGAUUUUCAAAGGUAGAAUGUUAACCACACACAGUUUCGAUGUUUUGUGAUUGUUAGACACAACUUGGGUGAGUAUCUUUUACAUGGUCAGUCCGUAUUUUUAUCAGUUUAUUUCUCCAUUUGUUGGUACAAUUCUAGUCAUUCGUUCUUUCACUCACUCACCAAUAUUUACUGAGUUGGGCUGUAUGCCAG